AUGAAUACCACCAUUCUGCCCACCUUUAUUGUACCCAUUAACCAGUCGAAUUUCAAUCUCAAUACAUCUAACGUUGCUGGAUUCCUUGGUGGCGAUGAAGUUAUCGCUGCGAUGGCUACUGUGCAUCUUUAUCGUGGGAGGCGCUGGCUAGGCUGGUAUAAUUCACCGGGAAGCUAUACCGUCGCCAAAAAGUUCGGGCAGCUCUCAAGCUCAAGAUUCUGGGAUGGUCUUUUCCCUGGCCCAAAUCUCACACCCGCAGAGGUAUUUGGGCUAGAUGGAAAACCUGGCCCUCGUUAUUGGGGUGUUUUCUCGGGUACAGAGAUGAUCACCGGUCACCUGGCGUACCUCAUAGUACAGAGGUCGAAAGAAGUUGAGCCAGAGGCGGAAGUGGAAGGGAGGGAGACUACACCUCUGUCCGUCACCAUCGUCGAUGUCGGAGACGCAGAUGUGAAGCACUUGGACCGGGCGCCUAUGAUGAGCAUCCAUCAUGCUCUCUUGGCUGCUAUUCCCAUUACCAUCAGUCUCGCGACGUGCAUUACUUCUGCUGCUUCAGGAGAUUGGCUAGCAUUUUCCCUCAUCAUGUUAGGAAUCAUUUCAAGUGGCGUAUCUUGCCUUGUCAUGGGCACUGCCCAAGUCGAAUUUGCUUCCGUUAAGGAAGCAGCUCCGGGUGUACCGCCUGCAGACGGGAUACUCCUCAUGCGAACCGAUGUAGUCAUCCUCAGAGGUGCAGAGAAAGACAUCGAUCCAAUAACCAAAGGGAAAUUUGAUCUGAAAAUCCCUGGCGGCCCAGAGUUCAGACGAAUCGGACUCUGCUCGCUUCUCCUCCUCGCACAGUUCCUUCUCCAGCUCCUUCUUAUCCCUCAGGCAACGACGUUCGGUCAGAUCAUGUUCAUCGUAUCGCUUGUAGCCUCAUGGGCAUACAACUCAUUCUUGUCGUCACUGGAGCCGGAGAAAAUACAAACCGAUAUCCUAUUGAAAGCGCUUCGUCAUCCACCCAUGUUGAAAAUUGCACUAAAAAACAGAGCUGCUCAGGCAGUUUUUGCAUGUUUGGUCCUUAGCGAUAAUACCCGGAGGCCUCCGAAUUCUGACUUCAAGCCAAAAGAGGUGUUACAAUGUUUCAUUCCAAACGAAACAAGAGUAUGGAAUACAUGGAGAGACAAAGUAGUGGAGGAACUGGAAAAACACGGUGAAGACAAGUCGUUCGACCUUAGCUCUAGUGACCUGUCCGAGUUUAAAGCUGGUGAGAAGGAACUCCUGAAGUCAUUGCUUCGUGAUGCCCGCAAUGCGUAUCAAGGUUACCAGAAUCACAUACACAAAAUCAGGUCGAUUCCUUCGUCGAACGAGAAACGACCAUCUUAA